AUGUCCGACAGAGCUAAAGAGGCCAUCCGUGCGGAAUCCUCCAAUCUCGCCGCAACCGCCCACGACAUCGCCUUCUCCGGUGCAUACCUUUACCCAUUCAGGGGCAUAAUCCACCUCCUCACCCACCCACCCCUCUACACGCCUCUCCUCCGCCGCGCGCUCCAAACCCUCACGCUCGGAAUCUCCAUAACAACCUCUCUCUUUGUCUUCACCUACCUACCCCAAGUCGCCCUCGUCACCCUCCUCACGGGCCCGCUUGCCUUCCUCUCGCCCCUAACAACCUCGCUGCUAAUCCUCACCGAGUCCGCGAUCCUCACGAACUUUUUCGCGCGCGGCUGGAUCCUCUCCGAUGCGCUGAUCGACAUCUUCGACGCCGUCCUCCUAGACCGCGGGUGCCAGGCGCUCGUUGAGCGUGGGCGCGAGGUCAAGGCUCUACGCGCGGGCAGCGGGGACGGGGUUAUGGCGCGGCUUGGAAAGUUGAGGGUUAAGCCGCGGUUUGUCGGCGAGGGUGGGGUGUCAGGUUGGGUAGAAGGUCUUAUUAGGUCUGUGUUGUUGCUCCCGUUGAACUUUGUUCCUGUCGUGGGCACCGUUGGGUAUGUGUAUGUUGCCGGGAAGAAGGCCGGGCCCGGGCUGCAUGAGAGGUAUUUCCAGUUGAGGGGGAUGGGGAGUGAGGAGAGGAGGAAGUGGAUUGAGAAGAAGAGGGGCGGCUAUACUGGGCUGGGUAUGGCGUCUGUGCUGCUUGAGAUGGUUCCCUUUGCGUCGAUCCUGUUCGAGUUCAGUAAUGCUGUUGGCGCGGCGCUGUGGGCGGCUGAUUUGGAGAAGGGCAGGGAGUAA